GAGUUUUAAUGCAAUAAGAGUUGUAAGAUCUGAAAAGCAGGGUCAUCCCUCCAGAGGUUGUUAGGCUUCAACUCUUGUCACCACUGCUCAUGCUGGCUGGGGCUGAUGGGAUUUGGAGUCCAACACCCUCUGAAGGGACACCGUUGCUGCUGCCGCCAAGGAAUCAGGGAGGUUUCUUGCGUCUGUUACCGUGACCACAGUCUAACCAGGCCUCUCUGCCUCCUCUCCAGAUGCCAGUGAGGCUCUCCACAGCCCUGCGUGUUUUUGGGACCAGCCUCUUUGCCGUGGUGGUGCUGGGAGGCAUCCUUGCUGCCUACGUCACGGGCUACCAGUUCAUCCACACUGAGAGGCACUACCUCUCCUUUGGGCUCUAUGGUGCCAUCCUGGCCCUCCACCUCUUCAUCCAGAGCCUCUUUGCCUUCCUGGAGCACCGGCAGAUGCGCCUGGAGGGCCGGCCCCUGAAGCUGCGCUCCUCGGUGGCCCUCUGCAUCGCUGCCUACCAGGAGGACCCCGACUACCUGCGCAAAUGCCUGCGCUCCAUCCAGCGCAUCUCCUUCCCCGACCUCAAGGUUGUCAUGGUGGUGGAUGGCAAUGGGGAGGACGACGUUUACAUGAUGGACAUCUUCAACGAGGUGAUGGGCUCUGACCGGACAGGUUGCUAUGUGUGGAAGAGCAACUUCCAUGCCCGGGGGAAGGGCGAGUCGGAGGCUGGCCGCCGCAGGGCCAUGCGCCACAUCCAGAGCCUUGUCCGGCACAAUACCUAUACCUGCAUCAUGCAGAAGUGGGGCGGAAAGCGCGAGGUGAUGUACACAGCCUUCUGUGCCCUUGGAGACUCUGUCGACUUCGUGCAGGUGUGUGACUCUGACACUGUCCUUGAUCCAGCCUGCACAGUGGAGAUGCUGCGCAUCAUGGAGGAGGAUCCUCGCGUCGGUGGAGUUGGCGGGGAUGUCCAGAUCCUGAACAAGUACGACUCGUGGAUCUCCUUCCUGAGCAGCGUGCGCUACUGGAUGGCCUUCAAUGUGGAGCGGGCCUGCCAGUCCUACUUUGGCUGCGUCCAGUGCAUCAGCGGCCCCUUGGGCAUGUACCGCAACGCCCUGCUGCAGCAGUUCCUGGAGGACUGGUACAACCAGACAUUCCUGGGCAGCAAGUGCAGCUUUGGGGACGACCGCCACCUCACCAACCGGGUCCUGAGCCUGGGCUACCGGACUAAGUACACUGCUCGCUCCAAGUGCCUGACCGAGACGCCCACCAGGUACCUCCGCUGGCUCAACCAGCAGACGCGCUGGAGCAAGUCCUACUUCCGGGAGUGGCUCUACAACGCCCUCUGGUUCCACAAGCAUCACCUGUGGAUGACCUACGAGUCGGUGGUGACGGGCUUCUUCCCCUUCUUCCUCAUCGCCACCGUCAUCCAGCUCUUCUACCGUGGGCGCAUCUGGAACAUCCUCCUCUUCCUUCUGACGGUGCAGCUGGUGGGCGUCAUCAAGGCCACUUACGCCUGCUUCCUGCGCGGCAACGUUGAGAUGAUCUUCAUGUCCCUCUACUCCCUGCUAUACAUGACCAGCCUCCUGCCGGCCAAGAUGUUCGCCAUCGCCACCAUCAACAAGUCCGGCUGGGGCACCUCCGGCCGCAAGACCAUUGUGGUCAACUUCAUCGGCCUCAUCCCGGUCUCCGUCUGGGUGGCAGUGCUGCUGGGGGGGCUGGCCUACACUGCCUACCACCAGGACCUCUUCACGGACACGGAGCUGGUCUUCCUCAUCUCGGGAGCCAUCCUCUAUGCCUGCUACUGGGUGGCACUGCUCACCCUUUACCUGGCAAUCGUGGCCCGGCGCUGCAGCAAGCCCCAGGAGGAGUACAGCUUGGCGUUUGCGGAGGUGUGA